AUGAUAUUAUUCGUUCAUAGUAAAUUCAUCCCACUUAAUACCUUCGUGGUUACUGUCGAGGCAGACUGGACUGUUUCUCGCGUUAGAGGGUCGAUUCUACACAAUUUAGCUGAGAUCGGCCAUCACAAGCACCCUUUUCGCCUGAAGUACAAAGAUGUUUACCUUCAAGAUAAACUGACACUUGAAGAGUGCGAAAUCUACGACAACACCGUUGUCGAACUGAUCACUUUGGCGACAGGGGAAGAGCUCAAGCGAGAUUUAUUCUACCGCUACAUCCCGCCAGGGAAGAAGCCCGAGGAGCCUCACCUCAAGGCCUUGCGGCGCGAGAUCGACAUUUUCCACAAGAGAGAAGAUCUGAUAAGAAACGUGAAGCUUUCCCUCAUGGCGAUUUAUCCGAUGGUGAUUUUGGCCUUCUUUUCAGAGAAAUUCUGGUACAUGGGCUUCGUCUCUUUCAUCUGGCCAAGCUUCUGGCUCUUUUGGAUUCCUGGGUACACGUAUCUAUCCGGUUGGGUGGGCAAAGCGAAAGUGUAUAAGAAAUACAAACAGGUCUUCCUCGCGUUGUUGAUAUCCAAUUUGGUGCUGUUCGCCGGCUACUCGAUCAUCGUCGGCUUCGCGGCGACAGAUAAAAUUUACGACGCUGUUAUAUUCGGCAUCACGGCCGCCCUUUUGCUUAUCGCAGAGAUUUUUGUCAUUAUGACCUACUCGAACGUACAAUUGGAGCCGGGAAUGCUCAUUGCAAACUCAUUGUCUCAAUUUGGCACCUCAGAAGGUCUCGCCGACGCUUUGAAGUCCACAGAUCCAGCGUUGAAGAGAGCAGCUGCGUUUGAACUGUCCACAGAAGUAGCACUUGGAGAGAACGAGAAGUUGGCUAUUGUGGAAAAGGAUCUGCUCGAUCCGCUGAAUAAUUUAAUCGCUAGUAACGACCGCUACACAAAGGAACAUGCAGCGGAAGCUGUUGCCGAGUUGCUGACUGAGGAAAGCAUCAGAGAACAUUAUAUCGCCCGAUGCGACGUCUCCAUCCUAUCAGCGGCCAUUUAUUCCCAAAUAUCUUCCGCUGCCCGGCUAGAAGCAUUGAACGGAAUUUCCUAUCUUGCCGAAUCUCACGCAUAUUCUCUUGACUGUGUUUUAUCGGACAUAAAUACGGCUAUUGAUACAAUCGAUGAUCUCUCAGAUCGAGAGAUGGCUUUGAUGAUUUCGAUCAUGAACCAACUUCUUCGUUCUGGUGUCCCCGCAGACGCAACUCAGUGCGCAAGCUCUUGCGGCAAAACCUUACGAAACACGGGACAUGAAGAUAUCGAACGGCAAACACUCGAUACACUCUCUUUUAUUGCACGCGAUGAGACGGUCAGAGUGGCGCUUCCGGUGAUCGAUGAAGUCUUUUCCAUUCAGUUCAGGACCUUUGAUCAGCCGACCAUCGAGCUUGCUAAUGAGGUUAUCAAAAGCGUCUCCCUCGGCCCCGAAAACUGCGAGCAACUCUUAGAAGAUGCCGUUUUCCCACUUAUGUUCGACUGGCUCAAGACUUCGUCAACGCAGCCUUCGGAAGUGAUUCAAGUUGUGGCCGAAAUCGUCCACAAUUUAAUGAUGAACAAAAGACUCCAGGGACGCUGCCUCGAGAUUGGCUUGGAUCAUGCGGUUGAAGUCUUGCUUGAGUCGAGUUCAAUUAGCAAAGGCUCAAAGAAACUUGUGCUUGAGGGUCUUACGCAGCUAGAGCUUGAGCGCAAGCGACUCCAACGCGAGGGAAGCAACCAGUCUGAAGUUCACAUUUCCAGAUCAUCCAGCCAGAUCCGCUCCAUUGUAACUGUGAAUCAAGUUCAUCCAGAAGAGAUUCCUACCUCUCCCUAA